AUGAAGUUCUUCGUCGCUGCUGCUCUCUUCGCUGCCACUGUGCUGGCCCAACCCGGUAACCCCAAGAUUGGCAACAAAGCCCAGGAGCUGUACGCAAAAUGCUCUGGUGGCAACCGCUUCUGCUGCAAUGGAGAGACCGAGGACACCCACUUCAGCCAGGACAAGUAUAGCAGCCUCGUUGGUCUUCUCGAUGGCGGCGUUCUCCCCGGCCUGAACACCGGUCACUACACCGGUUGCAGCUCUCUAGUUGAGCUCAUCCCCGGCAACUGCCAGGACACCGUUGCCUGCUGCGACAACUCCGGGCCGAACGUUAACAACGGUGUUAAUGUGGCUCUCCCUUGUAUUGGUGUUCCCAUUGGCGUUUAA